UCCCGCACGGACUAGGCUUCGCGCAUCUGCCCCCCACGCGCGCGCCAUCUUGCGCGCUAUUCUUUCGCUGCCGUCCUUGUGCGCGUAUGCGCCCAGCACGCCUAUGCCUUCGCGGUGUAGGACUCCCGCGUUUGCGCUACACCCGCGCGCUUUCUUGCGCGCCCGGUUCCAAUCAAUCCUCUCACGCGCGUGCCGUCGAGUGCCCGUCUUUCCGAGGACUCUGCCCGCGUGUACGCCCAACGCCCGCGCAUCACCACCCGAUCCGCGUCUCUCGCCCAUUCGCCCAUCGGCCACGCCUGUCCAACCCUCGUGUUCUCCGGGCUCGAUCACCACUUCCGCAUCAUUCCCGCCCCCUUUAAGCACAUCCUUGUCCUCAAGGAUCGAAGCUAUUUCCAAACUCUUCAUUUCGGCUUCUCGACUUUUUCCUUUCGCUUCUUCGUGCGCGUAUCUUUGUGAACGUGUGAGCUCUUCUCGCGUGUACCCGCUCCUUUGCACAAGACAUCCAUCGACUGCCUCGUGUUCGCGUGGACUCGUGCCGCUUCUCAUGUGCUUGAGUUCCUCUCAUACGAGCUCGUACCCGCCUCUUGGGCCAUGCGUGCGUCGUUUUGGCCCUAUUUUUAGCCUCCUCGGGUCGUCUCGGCUCUUGGUCUUUCGUGUCGCCAGGGCUCGAAACCCACUUCCGCAUCACGCCUCAUCGAA